AUGCAACACUACGUCAUACCAAACUAUGAGCCAUGGGGUCUUCCGCUGAAUGAAACAACAAUGGCGCAGAUUUUCAAACAGCACGGAUACUAUACGAGUAUUAUUGGCAAAUGGCAUCAGGGUAUGUCACGCAAAGCAUAUACGCCUACGAGGAGAGGCUUCGAUCAUCAUUUCGGCUACUUGGGUGCCUAUGUGGAUUACUAUGCUCAAACCUUGGAUGCUACGUACAAAAAUCUAUCACGCGGUCACGAUUUCCGUGACAAUCUUGCUGUAUCGCGCGAAUAUAUUGGUACCUAUGUCACCGAUCUGCUCACCGAAGCAGCAACCAAAGUGAUAAGCAAACAUGAUGCCCACAAACAACCCUUAUUUUUGCUACUAAGCCAACUGGCGCCGCAUGCCGGCGAUGAGGAUGAUCCAUUACAGGCGCCUCCUGAGGAAGUAGAGAAAUUUGCAUAUAUUAAAGAUGCGCAAAGGCGAACGUAUGCAGCUAUGGUUUCCAAACUCGAUCAAUCUGUAGCUUCCGUGAUUGAUGCGCUCGCCCAAAAAGGCAUACUCAAUAACACAAUUUUGAUCUUUCUCUCCGACAACGGUGGCCCGACUAUAGGCCUGCACGCCACUACAGCCUCCAAUUACCCACUCAGAGGCCAAAAGAGCUCGCCCUGGGAGGGUGGCAUACGCUCAUCGGGUGCCAUAUGGUCACCGCUACUCGAACAUUUGGGCACUGUGUGGAAACAACACUUCUAUAUCGGCGAUUUGUUGCCCACAUUAGCGGCAGCGGCCAACAUACCACUCGACUCACAACAAAUGAAACUCGAUGGCCUCAAUCUUUGGUCCGCGCUAAAAUAUGGCUACAAUUCGGUGGAGCGUGAAAUUGUGCACAACAUUGAUCAGAUCAGCAAUUAUGUUUCAUAUGGCAAAGGAAAAUGGAAACUUAUUAAUGGCACUACAUAU